GCUGUAUUGCCACACCGACUUCACUGCGUGAUCUUUUCGUUGGUCUUUGUAAAUAGAAGACAUACACCCCCAUUGUGUUUCUAUACACACACACACACGCACGUCAGCUUGCGAGCGCGUUAUAUUGCUUUCUUUUGCUGCUAACCUUGGUGCAUUCCAAACGUCCUCCCUCACGAAACGGUUCGGUUGUUUCCCGAAGUGAUCAGCGCGCUUCCUUCCCCUCCUCCCCCGUUGUUCCCAAAACUGUUGCCCUCUUGCGAUUCCCCUCCCCUCGCGUUGCUGCUACUCCGAUUCGAAAGGACAGGCUUCCCUUCAUGGACCCCCAUGCCCUGCUCCACAUCCGCAGUUUCUUGCCGGCACACUCUUCGCACCACCACAUCCCUUCGUCAAAUGACUCCGAACCUACGGUGGGCCCCGCGCCGACAACGAAAGGUGCAGCCCCGCUGCUCGUCCCUUCAUCCGUCGCCGUUACCCACGCCGGCCUUCCUGCGGCACCGCUUUCAUCACCCGCGCAGGCGACCGCGUCAGACGAGGAGGACGCUGUCGGCUACCCAAGCCCACGUGACGGCGCAGGCAGGACUAGCAGCUCCGCGAGUACGCUGCUGGAGCGCAGCCGGAGCAGCAGCAGCAGCAGCAGCGUUUGCGAGGCUGAUACCACUCGCGGCAAUGGGCUACCACCCUUUACAGUCCCCCUCGCGUUCAUCGCGGCGCACCCACGCAUCCGAAUGAUGGUGCAAAGCCGCUCUGCGCCGCUGACCUGCCCGCAUGACCGAGAGCUGCACGUCGGUGCCCAUGAACGUUUCCAUUCAACGAAUACGUGCGGCGAGCACCCGCUUGGGACGAAGUGGAGCUCCUCACAAUUCUAUUCCGCCUUGUUUGGUCGGGUACCGUCUACGGGGAGAGUGGACUGCGUGGAGUGUCAGCGCGGUGACGCACUGGGCCGCCGUGCGCUCAUCGCCUACUGUCGUCAGAUACGCAGCUUGAGGCCUCGCAGCGGUGGCGAUGGCAGCAGCGUUGCCAGUGUUGGGUGCACCGUGGGCCGUGUGUGCAUUGCGCAGGAAAGGAGCAGCUGGGCUACGACGUUAAUGGACGGCGACGACAGGGUGGUGCCGCUGCGCUUCUCUGUUGUUUUACACGGAAGCGCCAAUGACUGUGUCGAGCUCGACGCCGCAUCCCCGCCGCGUUCAUGUCCCUUUCCGCUUCCUGGGCAAUGGCCUGCAUCACCCCGUAGCAGUCUGCUUCCUCGCCCCAACAGGGACGACGUGUGCUCCUCCUCGCCGCCACCACCACCGCUGCUUCCUCUGGCGCCGCAGCAGCCGGCAGCAGGUCUGUCGCCGGGCCGAGGCGAGUCGAGUGGGCAGCGUCGUGAGGCGCUCGCUCCGCCAGAUUGCACGGCGCGACAGCUGCAGCUGGCGAUGUGGUGGCUUCAGCGGUGCGUACGCCAGGGGAACGAUCGCUGCCCCAGUUAUGGCGAUCAACGCGCGCCAAUUGAAGGUUUGUUUCAUCUCGAUUCUUCGUCCCCUCCUGGGAGCACCGCUUCCGGCACGGCGGCCGUGGCGUCCGCACCGUCUCCGCGAGCGACAGGCGUGAGCGCGCGUAGAGGGCGGCCGUGCUCCGUCCCCGCUGCGUCAGCUUCGCCUUCAUAUGACGAUGCCGUGGGUGGUGCCGCGCCUCCUUCGAUGGGGGAAACACUUGCUGACUUCCCCCCGUGUCGGUCUCUCUGCAGGCCGUACAGCUCUCGUGCUCCGCCUUGACGCAGUGCUGCCACGUUCUAGGACACCUCCCGUCCGUGGGCAGCAUCCGGCGUCUGUUGGUGCACUACGAGCCGCCGCCGCCGCCGCCGCAGUUGACGCGGUGUGCGCCGCGGCGAAGAUCGAACUGCCCGCCGUCCUCUCCGAUUCCUUGGCCGUUGCAGAUGCCCGGCGUGGGUGCGGUGGCGAGGAUGACGAGCUCUCCCGCCGCAGCGGCAGCAGCAGCGAGUCGCGUGCACGGGGAAUUGAGUGCUUUACGAGGCGAAAGGGCCUUCCACGCGUCUGCCGGGCACACAGAAGGCGAUCACUCAUUGCGCUUCUCGGAAGACGCUGACGACGACAACGGCGACGAUCUGCCCGCUCUUUAUGCACCGUUGCCGCUGCCAUCGCAGCUGCCCUCGCUGUUUCAGUCACUGGAGGAGCUCAUUAUAUCCGGGCUGCCUCCCACCUGUGCCGGCGCACAGACGUGCUGGGUGAGCCAGCUGCUGCAACAGCUACAGGUGGGCGUGCACGGGCCCGCAAAAGCAGACGCGCCUGGGACACGCACGUCUCUGCCCACAAUGGAUGAAGUUGACGGCGAUACGCGCCGUGCAGCCGCCCCGCGUCUCCGCCGACUCCUUUUCUUGGACGCACCCUACACGUCGACGGCUGCCCGCCGCAGUAGCGCGUCUCCACGGAGCGGCGUGGACAGCGCAGCUCGAACAGCAACGACGACGACGGCGCCGAUGCGUGCCCUGCUCUCGCCAGAUGAGCAUCUCCACGUAUCCCGAGUCUCCUCACCACCCCGCUCCCCCCUUUUUCAGAUAGGACGAAACGAGAUAGUAACUCUUGAAGUGGGUGACUUGGGAAGGCGCAGCGGCGCAGCACCGGCGUUCCAUGAGCCUGCUACAGUGAGGUUGCAUCUUCUUGCUUCAUCUGCAGCGCGGAGGCAAGAGCAGACGAGUCGACGCGCGCAGCCGCCUUCGCCUUCGCCCUCAUCACUGCGCGUUACGGGCUCCGCUGAAGCAACCAGCGCUGCUAGCACCUCCUCUUACCGAAUGGAUGAGACGACACCAUCGAUGCCGCCACCGCCGCCGCCGCCGCUGCUGCCGUCUCCACUGGAGGAGCUGUACGUGGCGCCCAGUGUGCCCUGGGUGCUGGCGCCUCCGCUGAAGGUGUCCCCCGCAGCGAGUCCCUCCCCCGCCUCGCCAAUGCCGCUUCCCCACGCGCUCCCGUGGAUCUGUCAUUGCCCUAACUUACUCUCCCUCAACCUCAGUCACAGCGCGGUGACGGAUGACGUGUGUGGGCAGGUCGUGGCAGCCCUGCCCCUGCUCAGCGAGCUUCACUUGAGCUGGUGCAUGGACUUGCAGGAAGUCCCAGCGGUGCUGCGGCGAGCAACUUCGCGUCGGCUGCACGUGCUGAACCUCGUUGGGUUGUCCUCUCUCACCUCUGAAGCGUUAGAGUCGUUGUGCCUGCGAGCCUGUCCGUGGCUGAUGCAGGCGGUGGAGGAGCUGUACCUCGCGCAGACGCCCGUGGUGGCGGUUGGCUGCGUCGCCUUCGCCUGCCCACAGCUGCGGCGCCUGCAGCUGCCGGAUGCGACGGUGCUGGACGCCACGUCUGCGGCCUCUCCUGAGAGCGCUGUCGACGAGGUACAGGACCUAGACGGUGCUGCACGACAGAGGGUGAACUACGAAGAGCGGCUCCUUGCGAGAGGAAGCAGCAGCAACGGCAGCAAAUUUACCCCUGCGUCCCCGCGCGGUUCGGCACUGUCGGUGCAGGGUUACGGUGGCGUCAUCCCCGUCCUGAGCCGUCUCUUUCCUACCUUAACGCAGCUCACGGUGCACGGCGUGGAGGCGAUGCGGAUGGCGCGAACAACAACCCCGCAACGACUACUGCCCAGCUGGCGUGCCGUCCCCUUCGAUGACGAAGCGGAGGCGGAGGAGGGAGGGGCGGGGGAGGCAACUCGCAGCGAAGCAGGGAGCGGGCUGCCCCUCGCGCCGGCAGCAGACUUCGCCUCCGUGCGGGCCGCCUACGCAGCGUUUCUGCGGCACGGCGAGUUCUACAGUCUCCCACGCUUGCUGCCGCACCUCCGCGCCCUCUACCUUGACGGCUGCACCGAGUUGGGGCAGCUGCUCGACGAGGACGACGGCAACGGGGAGGGCGAGAGGGAAGGGGAGGGAGAGUGUUUUUCGUUUGGCGGCACCACGCUCUCGUUGGCGGGUGCGGUGCACGACGUACGCACGCUAGCACACCUCCUCGUCUGGCGUCCGAGCACCUCGGGCGGAUCGUUGGGCAUUCCCUACCAGCGAAGUGACGGUGCGCGUCACACACACCAGCCCAGUGAAGGGGCGCUGCAGUGUCUACGGGAGCUUCGCCUCUCUGGCUGCCGCUCCCUUCGGGCGGACCCGAUGGCAGGCGUGAUUGUGCAGCGCUGUCCGCGUCUGUGCGUCUUAUCGGUGGCGGAUACGCUGCUCACCGAUGCCGCGCUGGCCCACCUCAGCGCCGGCCUGCAGACGACGCUGGAGACGAUCGACCUGUGCGGGUGUGCCGCCAUCACCGACGUCGCGCCGCUGCGGUGCUGUGCGGUGCUGCGUGAGGUCCGGUUGCCCGGUGGGCAGCUGCUGAACGCGCGGACCAUGUCGGUCAGGUGUGGCGAGGGGCUGCGCGGCCUGUCCGCGCUCCUCGGCCGUCUCUGUCCCGAUCUGCGUCAGCUGCAGCAGCAUUGCAGAGGCAGUGUGGACGCUGCGGAGGUGGCGCAGAUCGCUUUGAUGGGGCGGUGGGUGACGGAGGUGGAUCUGUCAAAGAUGGUGGGAUCAACGUGA